AUGCCUACGCUACUGACCAGAACAUUUGCCCUUCUCAACAACAUCAAGCCACCUACUGUAGAUCAGCCCAAUGUCCUCACAGUGAUCAACGCAGACACAGAACAGCCUAUCCAGCUCGUCAAUCACAACACAAGACCAGAUGUAUCUAUAUGGAAAGCAGCAGAGCUUGGAGAUCUAGCAGCCUUGCAGUACUAUGUACAUCACACCAACAGCGUCGAUCCUACAACGCUAUUGAAUACCCGAGAUCCCGAUACUGAUUGCACCUUACUCCAUUUGGUGGUGUCAAAUAACCACCAACACAUGCUACCCCUCAUCAAAUUACUGCUAGAACAUGGUGCUGAUGCUUCGGCACGCAAUGUAUACAACGUGCAAGCGAUCCAUAUGGUAUCUUUGCAUUGCCCUGAUCCAUUGGCUUCCAUUGAGCUCUUGUUGGAUCACAAAGCGAGUCCCAAUGCCAGAGAUGGAGAUGGCUGGACGCCCUUACACUACGCUGCAAGGUUCUGUCAUCCUCCUGAUCCUGUCAUUCAACUGCUAAUUGAAAGAGGAGCCGAUGUCAAUCUGACAGACGCAGGACACAAGUCUCCCUUGUUUGGUUUGCUCGCAAACGGUGACUUGGCAAGCUCUUUGGAUUUUUUGGUGCACACUGCCAAGGCGGAUGUAAGCAUUCGAGGCGAUUUUCUUGAUCAAGCAAGUCGCAAGACUCGACCUGGCACAAUCGUGUUGCAAGCUGCCAAAUAUGGGCGUUUGGAAUGCCUGUCGUUGCUAAUCAAAUCAACUGUAGCCAUGCAGCAAUUACGCCGUGUGGUCAACCAAGAUGAACUUGCGUAUGCUCAAUCACUCGCCAAAGAACAGCAAUCUCGCAGCAAGAGUACAGACACUAAAUGGGAGUUAAUUUUACAGCUGUUGCAAGAGUUGGAAGACACACUUGAGAAAGACCCAUUAUCACUAUUGAGCUCCAGAAACAAGCUACUGCAAGGCACUGCAACUAACGGACUGCCCAGCACAUCCAAAGGCACUCGCCCUAUUCAGCGACGACACACAUUAAUGGCCAUGCUGGGCUCCAUGCGUCGAAAAAAGAUGAUUGCGCAACCACAGCCUGUUGAAAGAAAGACAUCAGCUACUAUUAAACUGUUCAGAAAGAUGAGUCGCAUGAUGAAAAGAACCAAGAGUGAUAGCCAUACUAUGAUGCAGCAGCCCCAUCAACAAGAAAUGAAUACUAAUAUUGCUACUAAUAACAUUCGUUCGGAUGGAAUGACAAGAUAG